AUGAGUCGGCUCAGCCUGCUCGCCUCCAUCGUCUCUUCACAACAAACUGGUCUGUUCGAUCCACGCGAAGCUACCAUAGCAUCGACACACUAUGCUCUCUACACCGGCCAAGAAACAUGUCGUGGCAUCGUCUCCUCCUUUUUAUCCCGGAUCGAAGCACUGAACGGCCAUAUCAACGCAAUCGUGGCCAUCAGUCCACACGCUCUUCGUAUAGCCGACGAGCUUGAUGCGGCACUUGCUGCUAAGAAUACAACCCAUGGCCCCCUCUUCUGCAUACCAAUCUUGCUCAAGGACAAUUUCGACACCGCAGAUAUGCCAACCACUGGCGGAAAUCGGGCUCUGGCUGCCUCCCAACCGAGUGUAGAUGCGUUGACGGUACAGGCUUUGAGGAACGCUGGCGCCAUCGUUCUCGCGAAAAGUAACUUGCACGAAUUGGCGCUCGAGGGCAUGAGCGUCUCUUCUCUGGGCGGACAGACUAUCAACCCGUACGAUCUUACACGGACACCCGGCGGUAGUUCUGGAGGCACCGGCGCUGGGAUUGCGGCCUCUUUCGCCGUCUGGGGCACCGGCAGCGACACCGUCAACAGCCUUCGCUCUCCUGCUAGCGCCAAUGGCCUAUUCAGUUGUCGUCCCACUCGUGGUCUGAUCAGUCGCACCGGGGUAAUGCCCAAUUCCUUUACUCAGGACGCCGUUGGACCGACUGCCCGGUGUGUUGAGGACAUGGCUGUAGGGCUCACUGUGAUGGCCAGCGUGGGGAUCGACCGGAGUGACAAUGCAACCACGCUUGUUCCCGCCGGUAUCCUCGGUACCCACUAUGCAGCGAAUCUCGAUGCGCUGUCCUUGGGAGGACUGAGAUUUGGUCUUCUUGAAAGCUUUUUCAACCACACAUCUUCUGCCGAGACUGAUCCUGUCAAUCGUGCCAUGGUGGAUACUGCAAAGACUCUGCAGCAAGCCGGCGCAGCAGUAGUGUCAAUCAACGAUGUUUACGAUGCAAUCAGUAUACAAGCUACUCUUGAUACGCAACGAUUCGAAUUUCGCGAGGGAAUGGACAAGUAUCUGUCGCAGUCGUCGCUGAGAGGCCGUCAUCCUGGAUCACUCGCAGAGCUCUUCUCCGGCGAAGACUUUCUUGUCCUCCCCAGCCAGUACGACUACGUCAGGAUGGUCCUCGCGUCUUCAACAUCAAACACCACAGAGGGCGGACGGCCUGGAUAUGACGUGAUAAAGAAUGGCAUACUCAACCUGACUCAGGAUCUCCACGAGACAUUUGCAAAGCACAAUCUUGACGCCAUCAUCUACCCUGAGCAGAAGAAUCUCGUCGUCCCGCUCGGCUCUCCAAACCAAUCUGGCCGAAACGGCAUCCUGGCCGCGCUGACCGGCUUUCCCGUUGUCACAGUACCCAUCGGCUUUAGCACGGCAACCGAUACGGCUCCCGAGGGCAUACCCAUCGGCAUGGAAAUCAUGGGUCUACCCUGGACGGAAGAGAAAUUGCUACAAAUCGCCUUCAAGAUGGAGGAACUGAAGGCGGCUCGGAGGCCUCCCAAGUGGGCGAAGGCAAGGGUCGAUGUAAAGCAGUACGGCAAUGUGCCGCGUGUCGUUCCCGAUGGAGGUAGCAUUCCGUUGCAGUAUCCCGUUGGCAAAUUGUGA